UACAGCCUUGUGUCCUCCAGAGUACAUGGUGUGUUUCCUGCACCGCCUCAUCACGGCUGUGAGGGCGAGCUGGGACGAAGGCAGCAGGAAGAGUCCGAGCAGCAUCGGCAGCGACGAGGCCUACGUCCCCCCCCAGCUCUUCUACAACGGGAAGGUGGACUACUUUGACCUGCAGAGACUGGGAGGACUCCUGUCCCACCUGAAGAAGACACUCAAAGACGACCUGGCCAGUAAAGCCAACAUCAUCAUCGACCCCGCAGAGAUCCAGGCCACGUCCAUGGACGACCUGGACGAGGACGAGGAGAGCGGAGCGGCUCAGGUCUGCUCUCACUGUUACAUUAUAUUAAUUAACCCUCGGUG